AUGGGGUUUUUUACCAGCCAGGCAUUUACUGUUGCCAUCUCGGCCACUGACUAUGACCCUGCGGCAGCUUUGACUUACUCUCCUAUCUACAAGUCUGAAGAUGGCGGGGCCUCGUUCAGUUCCUUCUCCAGGGUCGAAGAUCAGCUUCCGCGGCCAUUUGGGGGGUUUCCACAAGGCACUAUUCUCCUGGCCGGUGUCUCUACACCACGCAACCUCUCACAGGUUUACAUUGAUUUGUAUGCCGGCAUCGACCAGGGAAAAGCAUGGACAUUCGUCAGCCAUAUAGUUUACGGCCCUGGCCCGGAAACAGUCGCUCGGGGGGACAAGGCAGUCUGGGAGCCUUUCUUGCUGAUGCAUGAAGGGGAGCUUGUGUGUUAUUAUUUCACUCAAGUCGAUCCCGGUCACAACCAAAAGCUCUCUCACAAGACAACCACGGACCUGCGCCAAUGGAGCAAUGAAGUCGAUGACGUUGCCCAGGCGGAUGCUGGAUUGCGGCCCGGUAUGGCUACGGUGGCACAUAGCCCCAUCUCACAGAAGUUUGUGAUGACUUUUGAAUUCUGUGGCGGCCCUAUCGCUAGCGGGUGCCCGGUCUACUACAAAGUCUCCGACUCUCCCCUGACCUUUAGCGAUGCCGACCUACAGCCCAUUAUUCCUGGCGACGGCAGGCUCAACCCCAAUGGGAACCCUUUCGUCAUCUGGAUUGCAGAGCCUGGAACGAAUGGCACGAGUGGUGUUUUCAUCGCUAAUGGAAACAGUCGGGAAGAGGUUUUUGUGAAUAGCGAUGCUGUCGAUCCAAGCGGUUGGAAGGUAGUCGACAUCGGGCAGUGGUCAGCUUACUCCCGAGAACUCCGGAUUAUUACGAGGCCUAAGUCUGACGCCUCAAAUGGAAGCCCUAAACUUCUCCUCACUAAUGGGGGGAAUAUUGGCUGCUCUGGGGAUUGCUACAACUACGUUGCCAAUGGUGUGGUGGAUAUACCCACAUACUAUACGUAGAAAGUAGCGAGCUGAAGCAAGG